AUGAAGUCCACCUGCAUGGGCUCGAACUUGCCGCCGUCAAAGCACGCGCGGCAACCCGUGGGCGGCUUGCUCCACGCGUUGCCCAGGAUGAGACCGCUGCUCACCGCGAACUCGCGGGACGCGCUGGUCUCCCAGUUGUCGACUCCGGACACGCGAGGACCCGCCGCCGGCGGGCGCCCUGACGGAGGCGAACGCAGCGCCGGCGUCAACGCACACCACGGGCGCGCUCUGGCGCGGGCGCCGCGCCAGCAAGUUCUCGCAGUCGGCAACGUCGCUGCAGUAGGACCCACGACGAUGAGUACCUGA